AUGAAGCGAUUGGUGAUGAUGUUCUCGUCUCUCUCGAUAUCCUCGCCUUUUCUGCGCGCGCCAUCAUCACUCGGGAGGAAGAAAAGGGCGAGUUUGAAACCUUUUUUUUUACAUGUGGCGAGAUAUGGGAGCGAUGCUGCGACGAAUAACGAGGACGACGACGAGAAGUUUCUGUCCUUGCUCGAACGCAUCACGCUGUCGCUCCGAAUCGAAUCCAGACAUCAAUUCUCCAACGUCGAGGGGAAACAGAUGCCGUUUUCCACCUUCGCGAGAGCGUACUUUCCGAAAAUCGUCGUAAACGUGGAAAAGGAAAAAGAAAGAGCAGUUUUAGAAGGGUUCGCGAAAUACGAAACGUUGACGAGAGAAGAGAGAGAAACGGUGGUCAAAGAGGCUGGGAUUUUGGUGGAGAGAUUAGUCUCUCGCGAGAAGACGAAGACGAAGGAGAAGAGUCGAGCGAACGACGCGGCGAAGGCGGCGGCGACGGUUGAAUCAGCGGCACCAUCUGUCGUUUCUUCUUCAUCUGUUCACGCGAGGGCGGGGUCUUCGUUUUCGGAUAUCGCUCAAAGUUCUCCGCUCGCUCGUCCGUCUCCUUCUUCGAGCGGUACGAGUACGAGCAGACAGAUAUUACCGAAGGAACGAGCGAUUGGAAAAUCGUUCAUCGUGGACACGCCGCAGUGGGAACACGCGCUCAAAGAAGACGCUCGCAGGAGGAAAGAGUUGGAAAAAGUAGUCGAGCAAAAGAAAGAUGAAGGAGCGAAGAAAGAGAGAGACGACGAAAAGAGCGCGAAUGUAAACGCGACGGCAUCGACUCCUCCCGUAAAAGUGCAAGAUUUCGGAAGCGAGGAAGAAGAUGAAUCGCAAAAACAAGGCACCGACGAAUGGAAGGCGUUGCGGGCGACUCGGUUAACCGCUUCCGCGUUUUCCAACGCGGUUGGGUUUUGGCGGGACGGGAGAAACGCGCUUUGGGAGGAAAAAUUAGGGAUUGGCAUUCCGUUUACAGGAAACGAAGCCACGGAGUGGGGGACGAAAACGGAAGACGAAGCGUGCGAGGCGUACGCGGCGUUGACCAACGCGAGCGUGAGCCAUUUACUUUUUCGAGCGUUGAGUCCGGACGAGGCGGAGUUGUGGAUGGGUGCUUCACCGGAUGGGUUAGUCGUCGCUGCGACGACCGAUGCGGCGGAAUAUAAAUCCGAAGUCGCGAAUAACGGGGACGCGAGCGAUAGUUUGAACAACAACGAGCGCGGGAUACUGGAGGUGAAAUGUCCGUUCAAUCGCGGGAAACCUCUAGAGGCGAAGCCGUACCCGAAAGUACCUUGGUAUUACGUCCCGCAGGUGCAAGGUCUGAUGGCGGUUUUUGAUCGCCCGUGGGUGGAUGUUUUCGCGUACACCGUGAAUAACGGCUGCGCGAUAUAUCGCGUCAAAAGAGACCGCGAAUAUUGGGCGCAAAUGUACGAAGCGUUGUCGGAGUUUUGGUGGCAGCACGUCGUUCCGGCGAAACACGCAAUGCAUCGAGGAUUGGAUUUCGAAAAGUAUCGACCGAGCGAGGAACAUCACAAGUGUCAAACGCUGAAAGUCAAGAGUCAACGGAUCGCGAACGAAAGCACCACGUGGGUGAUUUCGAAAAAAGAUUUAGACGAGAUCAUCGCCAGGCAUCGAGCGACAAAAAAAGCCGCUGAAAAUAAUAACACGAACGCGUCGGAGGAAGAAUUUGUCGUUUUUGACUCGACGACGACGACGACGACGACGAGAGCAAAAUCUUCAUCGAAUGAUGAUCAAAGAGUGAGUGAUUCGACGAAAAAAGUCUUGAACGAAACCGCGUUAGAGCCGUCUUGGCGCGCGCUGCUCGCCGACGAGUUUCAUCAGCCGUACUUGGAGUUCGGUUUAAACGAAUUCCUCGACGAUGAGUUUCAGAACAAUAAAAAAGUAUUCCCACCGAAAGAUUUGAUAUUCAACGCGUUUGAAAAAACGCCGGUGGAUAAAGUUAAAGUCGUCAUCGUCGGUCAAGAUCCGUAUCACAACGAUGACCAAGCUAUGGGAUUAGCGUUUUCCGUGCCUCGCGAGACGACAAAAAUUCCGCCUUCGUUGAAGAACAUUUUCAAAGAAUUAGAAGAGGACACGCGUGAAGCGCGCGAGAGAGGCGACGAGGAAGUGGAGUUCACGAUACCAGCUCAUGGCGAUUUAACCAAAUGGGCCGAACAAGGCGUUCUGUUGUUGAACACAUCCUUGACCGUGCGCGCGCACGAAGCAAACUCGCAUUCGGGAAAAGGAUGGGAGACUUUCACCGAUCGCACCAUCGAACAACUUUCGCAGAAUACUGAAAACGUCGUGUUUUUACUUUGGGGUAAGAACGCGACGUCCAAAGAACGUUUGAUAGCAGAGGGACACAACCAUUUCAUUUUGAAAUGCGCACAUCCGUCUCCUCUGAGCGCGUCGAGAGGUUUCUUCGGGUGCCGCCACUUUUCGCAAACGAAUGAGUUCUUGCGCGAAGUAGGCCGCGAAACGAUCGAUUGGCGUUUGUAG